AUGAAGCUUUCUCUCCUCCUCGUUGCCGUUCUCUGCGUUUUGAGCGUGCUCGCUCAGGCUGAGGCGGACAAGAAGGGACCCAAGAUUACCAACAAGGUCUACUUCGACAUCGAAAUCGAUGGCAAGCUUGAGGGUCGUGUGGUGUUCGGUCUGUAUGGCGGCACCGUGCCCAAGACCGUCGAGAACUUCCGUGCGCUGUGCACUGGCGAGAAGGGCGUCGGCAGCAAGGGCAAGCCGCUCCACUACAAGGGCUCUUCCUUCCACAGGGUUAUCCCCAACUUCAUGAUCCAAGGCGGCGACUUCACCCACGGCACUGGUGUGGGCGGUGAGUCCAUCUACGGCGACAGGUUCGCUGAUGAGAACUUCAAGCUGAAGCACACCACCCCCGGUCUCCUCAGCAUGGCCAACGCCGGCAAGGACACCAACGGCUCGCAGUUCUUCAUCACCACCGUGGCCACCCCCUGGUUGGACGGUAAGCACGUCGUGUUCGGCAAGGUGCUCGAGGGCUACGACAUCAUCAAGAAGCUCGAGUCGCUCGGCAGCCAGUCCGGCAAGCCCAGCGCCACCCUUACCAUCGCCGACUCUGGCGAGCUCCCCCUCUCCGAGUAG